CUCCCCAUUUCUCUCCUUCGCGUCUGCCCAACUUCCUUAUAGUUUCAUAACUACUCUCGGAAAAAAAUUCAAAAACCAAAUUCAUUCUCUCCUCCUUUUGUAAAUCUUCGCUGUCAUCUUCAUCACCAUCAAUUGAUAAUCAACAAUUUUAGAUUUUAGUGGAGUAAACAGUAAAUCGGAAGUUUUAAAUGGGAAAGAAAAAGCCUAGAAAAAAUGCGAAAGAAAUUGAGUGCGAUUCAGAAGAAGCAGAAACAACGAAUCGAGUAACAAAUGCAAUGAUAGGAAGUAGCGAAAUUGAAUGUGAUUCAGAUCCAGAUCAAACUGAGAGUCAAGAGCAGUAAAUCAGUAGAAAUCGGAUGAAUGGGAUGAAGAAGAAGUAUCAUCUGGAAAGCCAUAUAGAUCAGGUUUUUAUGCUUUGUCGGCUUUCAUGAGGGAUAUGAAUGAAAAAAAUUUGAAGUUGAGUAAAGAACAAUUGGAUGUACUUAUGGAAUCUCCCCUUUGGUGACUUGUACAUAAUGUUCUUGGAGAAUGAAUACGGUCCAUCCCACUGGAACAAAACUGAUAAAGCCUUCACGAAGUUCUUGAGGUGCUUCAAAGGAGCGACAAAACAUGAAAUCAAGUUUGAGUUUGUUCGAAAUGGUGAAAAACACAUAAUCUCGUCCACGCCACAAGAGCUGGGUCUCAUUCUUGGAAUGCCAUGCAUUGAAGGGAGAAAACGUGCAACAAAAGAGGCGAUGUAUGGUGGUUGCUUUAGAAUCUGAAUUUUACCGUAGGAUUUUUGGUAAAGCUAAAUCUGUAACAAAGGCAUCGAUACGAGAAGCAAUCUACCGAUUGGUAAAAGCUAAUGGAGCAAAUGAAAUGGAACCGUCUAUUAGAAGGACAGAUAAUGAAGACUUGGCGAUGCUUAUCGGUCUGUACAUGUGCAACACUAUCUUUUUUACAACGAAAGAUGCAAUUACAAUAAAGGAGAAGUAUCUGGGUUUAGUGGUUAAUUUUGAAAGAUGUAAAACCUUGUCAUGGGCACACCUGAUACAUGCACAUUUGGCCAGACGCAUCAACAAAAGUUUCAAAAACCCAGAAAACAUUACUGGAUGUGUUUUUUAUCUUCCGAUUUGGUUUGCUGAGCAUACCAAAAUAGUGGUGCCAAAAGCAUUACCAGAAGAUAAAUUUGUACCGACAGCAGGUAGGUGGAAUCUGAAACAGAUUUGCACUGCAUUACUCAAAGACAUGGAUGAGUCGAAAUAUGUGUUUGAUCAAAAAUUUGUCGAGCCUUACACUGAGAAAGAAAAGGUUGUACUGAAUAUGAGUGAAGAGGGUGGCAUUAUGUUCUUGGAAGAAGGCAGAGAAGACAAAUAUGAGGAAUUGAGGAUGACUAUAAAGUCAAGUUGGGAACAAAUGCAGAAAAUGGAUUGUAAUAAUGAAGAAGUUGUGCCUAAAAUGCAAGAGAUGUUGAACAAGAUCUACUUCAAAGCCUACCCAGACAUUCAGCCUGAUAGAAUACAUAAAGAAUUUGAUGAUUCUGUACAAUUGGAUGAUGAUGCAAAACUUGAUGUGCCUAUGUCACAUCAAGAAGCACCAGAAGAUGAUUCCAAUUCGGUACAGGUUAAAAAGGAUGAUGAUGCAAAAGUUGAUGUGCCUAUGUCACAUCAAGAAGCACCAGAAGAUGAUUCCAAUUCGUCACAGGUUAAAAAUGAUAAGAGGGUUGAAUUUGAUGAUUCUGUACAAUUGGAUGAUAAUGCAAAAGUUGAUGUGCCUAUGUCACAUCAAGAAGCACCAGAAGAUGAUUCCAAUUCGGUACAAGUUAAAAAUGAUAAGAGGGUUGAACUUGUUUUUGAUGAUGAUGUUGAAAACAUGGACGUUGCCGAUAUUUUAAUAGGGUUGAAGGAAACACCAAGAUUGGAGACCUCGGCAACGGCUAUUAAUCCAGAGCCAACUCCUAUUGUUACUGAUGCAGGGCAUACUACAAUUUCAGAAGAUUCCGCUUAGAGGUUUGGCUUCCAUGGUUUCUUAGUUUCAGUCUUUCUUAUUUUUAGGAUUCUUUUAGAUUUCCUUUUAGUUUUCUGUUUCCUAGUUUUGUUAUUCUUCAAACCUAUAUAAAGGCUAGAUUAAGUCUUGUAAGAUCUAUCUAUUACUCAAUCAAAUUAUUAAACACAAAACUUAUCUUUCUCUUCUUGCU